GUCGUAGUUACCCUCUCUACCCCACAGGAACACCAGAGCAGCCGAGCAAAGACAGCUCCUCAACUUUGACAGCAUUUUCUGAUCCCUACUAGCAAUUUGCCUCUCUUCGAGCAACAUGCCUGUCGUUCCUCCGGGCAGCAAGAUCCUCGUCACCGGUGCUUCCGGCUUCAUUGCCGUUCACGUCGUGCACGAGGCCCUCAAGGCAGGAUUUCAAGUUGUCGGUACUGUCCGAUCUAGUGACAAAGGCGACUACCUCACCGAACUGUUCUCGAAGCAAUACCCCGGUAAAUUCACCUACAAGAUCGCAGAGGACCUCGAGGCUCCAGGCGCCUUUGAUGAUGCUGUUCGAGGUGUCCAGGGAGUCCUUCACACCGCCUCUCCUUUCCAUUUUAACGCCGAGGGCAAAGCUCUGCAGGCUCUGGUCAAUCCUGCCGUAAACGGUACCAAAUCGGUGUUGAAGUCCAUCAAGGACCACGGGACAGAGGUCCAGCGAGUCGUUAUUACCUCGUCCUUUGCCGCCAUCCUUGAUCCUGCCCGCACACCUCCCGUCAACUAUACCGAGGCCGAUUGGAAUGAGUCCUCGCCCGCUGAGUCCGAGAAGCUCGGGGACAAACAGGCGUCGCAGCCUGCUUACCGAGCGUCGAAGACGCUAGCCGAGCGUGCCGCCUGGAAUUUCGUAGAGAAGGAGAAGCCACAGUGGGACCUAAGCACGAUCAAUCCUCCUUUGGUAUUGGGUCCCAUUCUGCACCAGGUCAAUGCGCCAGAGAAGCUCAAUACGUCUGUAUCCUCCGUCUGGGGCGCGCUCCAUGGCAGCAAGAGCGAAGACGAUCUCCCUGGAGCUCUGGGUUGCGUUGUCGACGUACGAGACGUAGCAAUCGCACACGUCAAGGCUCUCCAAGUUCCCGAGGCUGGGGGAGAGAGAUUCGCCGUUACCAUUGGACAAUUCACCCAGCAGGGAGUCGUAGACGUCAUUCACGACGCAUCUUGGAUUCCAGAAGAGCUUAAGAAGCAGGUGCCUAUCGGAAAGAAGGGGAACUACAAUGUUACCCAGAACAACCUCUCUGGCGCCAAGGCCGAAAAGGUUCUGGGUGUCAAGUAUCACUCUUUCAAGAGUACUAUUGAAGAUGCACUUUGACACCUUUCCGGCCUCAGGGACUGUGGGCUCGACUCUCGAAUACGAAUCUCGAGGCUGGAGAGGUGCUCCAGCUCUCCCUGCUGUGUAAGGAUCAAGAGGUCUCAUGCAUGACGAG